UUGUAUACCGGACGGAAGGUUUGAAAGAUGGAGGAUGAAAGAGCGGUGUGGAGUAUGGAGCGGACGUGACGAAAACAAAAAGCUUGUAGUAAAGAUGUGUAAUCGUAAUGCGACGUUUAUUGUGUUUGCGUUAUUUCUAACAUUAUUUUGCGACACUACGUCGUCAGAAUGCAAGCAAGUGGAUCCUUGUAUCUGCACGCUACCGGACGGCCACUAUUACAAUUUGACCGGUCUCGUUGAUGAAUUAGGACAUUUUCAGACAUUUGAAGAUACUCAAGGUGAUUAUACAGUAUAUUUUCAUCCAUGUGCAAAUGUUCAAAUAAAGACAGAAAAAGGUGAAAUAUGUGCCAAUGGAAGCAAUGUAUCGCUAUGCAUAUUUGAUAAGAACAACUUGACACAUAGUCUUGGAACAAUAGAGGAAACAAAAAUGAAAAUGUCGAGCGAAAAUAAAUUUCCGAUUUUUGAAAUACAUCAUGAUAAAAUUAUAUCAGUGAUAAAUAUUGUGUGCUUUACCGAUAGCAAAACAAAUUUCAAAAUAGAUUCUGGAAUUCCUCCUUCUGGCUCUAAUAAAUACCAUUUUAUGCUAAUAUCACCAUAUGGAUGUAAAAUAGAACCACACAAAGGAUUAUCCAUUGGUUCCGUAUUAGUUAUCCUCUUCUUUACCAUCGCUGGAAUAUACUUUAUUGGUGGUAUUAUAACAUUGAGAAUAUUAAGGGGAGCGACAGGCUGGGAAAUGUUGCCAAAUCAUGACUUUUGGUCUAAGCUUCCUCUACUAGUCAGAGAUGGCAUUGUCUUCACCUUUAAUUGUUGUCGAGCAGAUAGUUACGAAAGAAUAUAACAUUUUUAUGAAACAAAUUCUGCUUAAUAUUUAUGAAUUGUGCGAUUUUGCUCUUCAGUAUAUUAUAAAUAAUGUUUGUUAUUCAGAAUAUUGUUAGUCAUAUUUGGUAGUAUUAUGUUUUUAUUAUUUAACUGUUCAUGUAUAAUAGCUAAGCGCAUAUUUGUACAUUAAUUUGAAGAAUUGCCUACAUUCAAUUAUUAUUAUUAAUAAUUUUGUUUUAUAUAUGCUUUUGUUAGCAUCAAAAUAUGUUGAAACACAAAGUGUAUAUACAUCCAAAAAUGUGAUAUUAUAAAGUAUUGUUAUAUCGUGUGCCAAUGUUAUUUUUUAAAAUCCUCAGAUAUUUUUAAUUUGAUGCAAAAAUAAUUUAUUGACUAACAAUAUAUUAACUUAUUAUCACAAGUUAUACAUGAACUGAAAAUCUGAUAGCAAAAAAAUAUGAUUAUACAUCAAAGAAUAUUCCCAUUUUUUUUAAUUAGGUCUAUAUGUUUCAAAUCAUAUCUGUAUUGAUGAAUGAAAAACAGCUAAAAGGGAUCGUAAAUUAUGUAAACUAAAUAUAAACGAUUAGUGUAUUAGUUUAUAAUAUUAUAUAUUUAGACAUUGGAAGGGUUCUCACAUUACAAUCAGCUAUUUUUACAAAUAUACUAGUUUUUGAAAGACUCUUUCUCUCACUGUUUUAAUCUACAAAUAUAUUUUUUAUAAACUUUAUAACUAAAACUUUAUAACUAAAUAGUAAUGAAUACAAACCAAGAUUAUCUCUUUCUACAAUUAGAAGAUAAGUUAUCUCUCUUAUACUACAGACUAUUCAUUUAUACAUUUAUCGCAGACCCUUCUAGUGCUAAUAAUACGUAUAAUGGAGUUGAUGCAAAUGGUGAUUUGAUGCAAUGUGAUGUUUUAUUAAUAAAAAUUCCUUAUUAAAAAACUAUAAAUAUUUAUACAGACACGUGUUUCAUACUUUUUUUUUUACAUUUCUACGUGCAUGCGUGUAUAAAAGUGCGAUUUACUUAAUUUUACGCCAUGCGUAAUGAAAAUAUUUAAUCCAUUAUUGUGUAAUAAAAAUAUUUCGUUUACUUUAUAA